UGUCUUAUAAUUGAUGAAGCUGAUCGCAUUCUUGAGCAGAACUUUGAGGAAGAUAUGAAACAAAUAUUUAAACGCCUUCCCCAGAAUCGGCAGACAGUUCUUUUUUCUGCGACACAAACUAAAGAGGUUGAAGAUUUUGCCAAGUUGUCAUUUGAGAAAAACGAAGAAAGGAAAGAAAAACCUGUUUAUAUCUCAGUUGAUGAUGGUAAAUCAAAUGCUACCGUGGAAGGCUUACAGCAGGGCUAUUGUGUCAUUCCUAGCGACAAGAGGUUUUUGGUUCUGUAUGCUUUCCUAAAAAAGAAACAGUCUAAGAAGGUCAUGGUGUUCUUUUCAUCAUGUAGCUCAGUAAAGUUCCAUGCCGAGCUUCUAAAUUUUCUCCAGAUAGGGUGCGAAGAUAUCCAUGGGAAACAAAAACAGCAGAAACGAACUACAACAUUCUUUAACUUCUGCAAGGCAGAAAAGGGCAUCUUAUUAUGCACUAAUGUGGCAGCACGUGGACUUGAUAUUCCUGAUGUGGAUUAUAUUGUGCAAUAUGACCCUCCAGAUGAACCAAAGGAUUACAUUCACAGAGUUGGUCGUACUGCACGUGGUGAAAAAGGCAAAGGAAGCGCCUUAUUGUUCUUGUUGCCGCAAGAACUGAAGUUUCUUAUUUACCUGAAGGCAGCCAAGAUUUCUCUCACAGAAUACGAGUUCAAUAAUAAGAAUGUGCCAAAUUUACAAUCACACCUUGAGAACAUCGUUGGUGAGAAUUACUUCCUAAACCAGUCAGCUAAAGAAGCCUACAGAUCCUACAUCUUGGCAUACAACUCACACGCCAUGAAGGACAUUUUUAAUGUUCAUGAUCUUGAUAUGAAGGCUGUGGCAGCAUCAUUCUGUUUUAAGAACCCUCCAAAAGUGAACCUUGACUUGGAGAGCAGCGCUUCUAAACGUCGGAAGACAAGGAAAGUGGAUGGUGGGGCGAGGAGGCAUGGUAUCAAUGCCGCAAAUCCUUAUGGACGGAAGGGCGGUGAUGAUAACAGGCAAUUCGCAAGAUUCUAGAGGGCCGGCCAGCCAGCCUUUGAGUGGUCUGUAAUGAUGGUAAACUCUAAUGUUAAACAUUGAUACCGUGCCUUUGAGUGUUUUAUGAUGUCUCUGCGGUAAACUCAAAUGUUACGCAGAGUCUGGAAGGCUCUUCUUUGCUGUGUAAGAUUUUGUUAGAUACUAGCUCGAUAUUAUGGCACUGGGGUGUGAUGCAAUUUUCCUGUGGAAUGGAUUUAUGUACUAGCUUAAUGCAUUGAUGAUUGAGAGACAAAGAGUCAGUCAGCCA